AUGGCCACCUUGCUCCGCCGGCCAGGCAAUAUUGCUCAUUUCUCGAGGAAAGCCGCGGAACUCACCGGUCGCACGACACUGGCCUCCGUGCGUACACAACCGCCACGGCUCUCAUCGCUUCUGUCACAUCCCUAUAGGGCCUACUCUUCGCAAGGUCCCGGUGGUCCGACACCCCCGGACAACAAGCAUGAUGAAGGCCAGAACCAGGAAAAGAAGCCCCAUUCGGUUCUGACUGAUGCCGAACUGAAGAGUGUGGACGAAUGGCUACAGGGUAUGGAUGAGGUGCGACGGACCCAAGUUCGCGAGCACCUGAUGAAGAAUGGUCUCCCGGACGAAGUACGAAAGCACCUUGAUCCGAAUCACCCUCCGACUUUGAUGGACCGUAUAAGAAUGAUGCGGUUCUUGUGGGAUGUUACGACCUCGAAUGAGACAAUUUCCAAACUCCAAGAGCAGGACAAGUCCAAGCAAAGCAGCAGCCCCUUCAACUUCUUCUCUGAGAAACCGGAGAAGCAGGAUCAAGAACCCAAGAACGAUAGCGACCAGCAACCCAGCGGACAAUCGCCAAAGGACCCUAAGCAGGAAAAGGACCCCAAAAAGGAAGAGCAACGGAAGAAACAAGACGACAAGAAGGGCAAGCUGCCCCCGAACAUGGGCAAAGUCUUUGAAUUCCGCUUCGAUCCCGUCUCUUUCCUGAUUACUUCUCUCGUCACCUAUUACGUAUACCGCAGCUUCUUCCCCGGCGAGGCCCAGGGUAGGGAGAUCACCUGGCAGGAAUUCCGAUCAAACUACCUCGAAAAAGGCCUUGUUGAGCGGUUGACCGUCGUGAACCGCAACAAGGUUCGUGUCGAUCUUAACCGCGAAGCUCUGUCCGUCGCUACUCCCGGUGAAAAUGGUCAACCCGCUGCCUCCGUCUUCUUCAGCAUCGGCUCCGUGGACAGCUUUGAGAUGAAACUCGAAGCUGCUCAAUCUGAACUCGAAAUCCCAUCUGAUGAACGUAUCCCUGUUGCGUAUCAUGAUGAAACCCCUUGGGGUGGUGUUUUGAUGUCAUUGGCUCCUACUGUUCUCUUCCUUGUUGGUAUCUUCUGGAUGUCGCGUCGUGCUAGUGGCGGCGCCGGCGGCCAGAGUGGAAUCUUUGGCAUCGGCAAGAGUCGCGCCAAGCGUUUCAACCACGAGACCGAUAUUAAGACCAAGUUUGCCGAUGUCGCAGGCAUGGACGAAGCUAAGGUUGAAAUCAUGGAAUUCGUUAGCUUCCUUCAACAGCCAGAGCGCUUUGAGAAGCUUGGUGCUAAGAUCCCCCGAGGUGCUAUUCUGUCAGGUCCCCCUGGUACUGGUAAGACACUGCUUGCCAAGGCCACCGCCGGCGAGUCUGGCGUGCCCUUCUACAGUGUCAGUGGUUCCGAGUUCGUUGAAAUGUUUGUCGGUGUUGGUCCCUCUCGUGUCCGCGAUCUGUUCGCCAAUGCCCGCAAGAACACCCCUUGUAUCAUCUUCAUCGAUGAAAUCGAUGCCAUUGGAAAGUCCCGCGCCAAGUCCAACGUUGGCGGUGGAAACGAUGAGCGCGAAAGCACUCUCAACCAGAUUCUUACCGAAAUGGAUGGUUUCAAUACCUCUGAACAGGUCGUUGUUCUAGCAGGUACUAACCGUCCCGAUGUUCUUGACAAGGCUUUGAUGCGUCCUGGACGUUUCGACCGUCACAUCUCUAUCGACCGACCCACCAUGGAUGGCCGCAAGCAGAUCUUCCGUGUUUACUUGAAGAAAAUCGUCACUGAUGAGGACUUGGAGUACAUGGAAGGUAGACUCGCUGCUCUGACCCCUGGAUUUGCCGGUGCCGACAUCGCAAACUGUGUCAACGAGGCUGCCCUUGUUGCUGCCCGUGAGAACGCCGACAAGGUCAUCAUGCGACACUUCGAGCAGGCCAUCGAACGUGUCAUUGGUGGUCUCGAGAAGAAGUCUCUCGUCCUUUCUCCCGAAGAGAAGCGAACCGUCGCUUACCACGAGGCUGGCCACGCCAUUUGUGGUUGGUACUUCAAGUGGGCCGAUCCGCUCCUCAAGGUCUCUAUCAUUCCUCGUGGCCAAGGUGCACUUGGUUACGCCCAAUAUCUUCCCGCAGGCGGUGACACCUACCUGAUGAACGUCAACCAAAUGAUGGACCGCAUGGCCAUGACCCUGGGUGGUCGUGUCAGUGAGGAACUUCACUUUGACACUGUGACCAGCGGUGCUAGUGACGACUUCAACAAGGUCACCCGCAUGGCUACCGCUAUGGUCACCAAGUUCGGCAUGUCUUCCAAGCUUGGCUACAUCUACUACGAGGACGAUGCGCAGCAGCAGCUUCACAAGCCCUUCUCCGAGGAUACCGCCCGCAACAUCGACUUUGAGGUGCGCCGUAUCAUCGAAGAGGCCCACACUCAGUGCCGUAACCUCCUCGAGGAGAAGCGGAAGGAGCUCGGUAUCGUUGCUGAGGAGCUCCUGUCUAAGGAGGUCCUCGGCCGCGACGACCUCAUUCGUCUUCUUGGCCCUCGUCCUUACCCGGAGUCUGGUGAAUUCGCCAAGUACUUCGACGGUAAGGGUGGACAGACCAUUGCCCCACCUGACCACCAGGGUCCUGAACAGACCACUGGUAAGGAUGGUCGGGAUGAGACCCCUCUACCUCCUUCAUAG